GAAUCCUCGGGCGCUGUACUCUGACGUCAUCUGCGUGCGCCCGAGUGGCCUGGCGCUGGUGAAAACAUCGGUCAACGCUUGGAGAUUUUACUUUUCGGAAAACCAUGAGCACAGAGGCUACCGAGAAACCAGGUGAGGAGGGAGGGAGCACUGUCGGAGGUGCUGGAACUGGAGGGACGCGUUUUGACCUGGAUAAGGAGACUGAGCUCCGCUUUGAGGUGGAGGCUGGAGAGCGGGUCCAACUGGAGCUUCUGAAUGGCAUGGCUGAGGUUUUCGGCUCCGAACUGAAUAGAAACAAGAAGUACACUUUUGGGCCAGGCUCUAAGAUCGCUGUGUUUACCUGGCAGGGCUGCAGUUUGUCGCUCUCGGGAAAAACUGAGGUGGCAUAUGUCUCCAAAGACACACCUAUGCUGUUGUAUUUGAACACACAUGCUGCUCUGGAGCAAAUGAGACGACAAGCUGAGAGAGACAACGAGAGGGGACCACGGGUCAUGGUGGUCGGCCCAACAGAUGUAGGGAAGUCCACGGUGUGUCGGCUGUUGUUAAACUACGCCGUGAGGCUGGGCAGGAGGCCCACUCUGGUGGAGUUGGAUGUUGGCCAAAGCAGUGUGUCUGUUCCUGGGACUAUGUCAGCACUGUGCAUUGAGCGUCCAGCGGAUGUAGAAGAAGGCUUUUCUGUGCAGGCCCCCCUUGUCUUCCACUUUGGCUCCACCACACCAGGGACCAACAUCAAACUCUAUAACAAGCUGACUUCAUGUCUGGCUGAGGUGUUCUCCCAACGCUGUGAGGUGAAUCGCAGGGCAAGUGUAGGAGGCUGCAUCAUCAAUACCUGUGGCUGGGUGAAGGGCUCUGGCUACCAGGCGUUGGUCCACUGUGCUUCGGCCUUCCAGGUGGACGUGGUUCUGGUCUUAGAUCAGGAGCGCCUGUACAACGAGCUCAAACGUGAUCUGCCACACUUUGUCCGUGUCGUCCUCCUCCCCAAAUCCGGCGGUGUGGUAGAGCGUUCUAAGGACUGCAGGCGAGAGACACGCGACGAGAAGAUCCGUGAAUAUUUCUAUGGCUUCCGUGGGGUCUCCUUCUACCCACAUGCGUUUGACGUGCGCUUUUCAGACGUACGUAUUUACAAGAUUGGGGCGCCCUCCAUCCCGGACUCAUGCCUGCCGCUGGGCAUGUCCCAGGAUGACACCCAGCUGAAGCUGGUGCCGGUGAGCCCUGGCCGGGACUUGACCCAUCACGUGCUCAGCGUCAGCUGUGUGGAGGAUGAGGUGGAGGGAGGCCCUGGUCGCAGUAGGGGUAUUCUGGAGAGUCCAGUGUGUGGGUUCAUCGUGGUUACAGCUGUGGACACUCAGGCGCAGGUGAUGACUGUGCUUUCGCCCGCUCCAAGGCCACUGCCGCGGCACACUCUGCUCAUCAUGGACAUUCGCUUCAUUGACCUCAAAUAGAACACUGAUGAGAAGGGAGGGAUUGCUUAGGAGAGGACGGUUUUGUUGGGUCCACAGGAGGUCAAAUAAUCUGUUCAGAGCUUUUUGGACUUCUGUUUUGUUCUCCAAAGGAGUUUUUUUAUUGUAAGCUUAUUUUGAUAGAGAAACUUUUAUUAAAACAAUGUGAUAUUUA